AUGCAUCUUGAUUUUGUAUCCUCCGAGUGUUUCAAUUCGACAGCACCAACCGAGUUAUCGAUUCUGACGGCAACAUUCUCGUGUCUGUUCCUGAUUGUGACAAUACCGAGCAACCUACUUGUGUGUCUGGCUGUAAUUAUAGAUCCAAACAGAGAACUAAGGACUCAGUUUAACUGCUUUACAUUCAACCUUGCGUUGGCAGACCUUACUGUAGGAUGUAUCACUGAGGCCAUAUUUGUGUACUAUCACAUAAACGAGAGUAUGGAUAGAGAAUUUGGACAUCAUAUCGACGCAUUCAUGCAAAAGAUAAGCCACAUUCCAUUUCUAAUCACAGCUGUGGCGUCGGCAUUGACUAUUGCUGCAUUGGCUCUGGAAAGAUAUUUAGCCGUGACUUCACCUUUUUGUUAUCGACAGUAUUUCGACGUCCAGCUAUCGGUCGUGUUGUCGAUAAUCAUUUGGAUAGUCGCUCUGGGCUUUGGGCUGCUGAACAUGGUUAUGGACUAUUACCUUCAGUGUUUUAUAAUCCUGAAUUCUGUCCUGCUGUUUACUGGUUUCAUCGUCUGUUUUGCUUGCUUCAAAAUUCGUAAAACUUUACGUGAUGCUUCGAGCAACUGGGAAGAAAUCGGAAUGCGAAGUACCAGAGAAGAUGGUGAUUUAAAUAUUCAAAAGAAGCUAACAAAGACCUUUGAGAUAAUGAUUGGGGCAUUAAUAUGCUGCUAUGCUCCAGCGUGUGCCAUGGUUUAUUACAUGAGCGUCUGUGAGGAUUGCAAUUGCGAAGUUGUCCAAUGGUUUCGAGAUGCGUUGGCUUGGUUGAUCGUUCUCAACUCCGCCAUUAAUCCAUUCAUUUAUGCUUUCCGCAACGUGUCGUUUAGAAGUGCUGUAAAUAUUAUCAUUCGUUGUCAAUGUCGACACCGACAAACCACAACGUUGCACAACGUUUUUUAA